AUGCAAGCCGAGAAGGAAGAGAAAGAGUACGUGUUUGUAGUAAAGCAAAAACUAAGUGACUCGAGCAUAUCACAUGAGCUUGUGGCGUCUCCUACGGAAGUGACAUCCGUCACGACGUCGUUUACAAGCGAAAGCACGACGUUUGGCGACUCUGACGGCGAAUCAGAGCAAGAAAAAAGAAAAGAAGAGGACGCAGAGUCGGAGGAAUCAGUGGAAAUGGACUCGAUACCGGUAGCGAUACCGUUUCUACCGGCAUUAGACGCUUCGACACAGAUCAUGGUCCAUGAUGGAUACAGUGAAGCCAUCAUGGACGCACAGCACGCGUUAGACUCGCGUCUGUUGGCGUACUCACAGUACCAACAAAUGGCUCGACCGAAGCAGGCGCUGCUGACACCAAGACGUUCGAAGGCAGAGCAAUUUGUCAUGACAGCGAGACCUGAUGUAGUAGACCGCCCAGUGACGGUUUGUAUGGGGUGGCAACGUGUGUCUAAUAUUGACUCAAGCAGUCUUGAUUUACUGCGUGUGUUGGAAGAGGACGGCGUGUCGUACGAGCCACAUGACACGACCUAUAGCGUCAAGUAUUUGGCGCCUGUGCUGCCUUUUGGAGACUGUCUUUUCUUGUCAAUGGAACAACUUCUUUUGUACACGGAGGAGUGCGAACCUCUCUCACCGGAAGGAAUUCGUAAUGUGGCUACCAAAUUCUUUCUCGCUCACUAUAAUUCGAGCACGCCGGAGGAACAGCAGAAGAUUGAUAAAGCCAUUCAGAAUUUAUACUGUCCAACGUUGAAGGGUGGAUGGGGAGUAAGUCCGGUGCAGACGCGGCGGUUUGUAGCGCGUCGGAGUGACAAGAAGAUGCUGCUGGACAAAUGUGCUGAACUCCAGAAGAAGGGCUAUUCAUGGGGAAUAGCUGCAGAAGCUGUCUACACAGAGUAUGCACAGCCAGUGUUGGACGCGCACUCUUACUGUGACUACAUGACGGUAGGCCGAGGUGAAAACACUCACUUCCUUAUCGGCCUUAAUUACAGUAGCCGUGGGCUCAUUUCGGUCGAUAAUGACCCUGAUAAUUCGCGUGUGGCAUGGGGAGAUGACUUUGUGCUGGAAGCACUGGCGACAGCGUAUCAGCGUGACAUUUUUGUGGUUUUGGUAGGGUGCGGGAAAAUGUUUUUCUUGCCCCAUCGACCCCGUGGUGAAGUCGGCUUGGAACAAAGCACGAUCUGCCACUCGAAGGGUCAUGCACCGUGGUUUUUGCUCAUGCGACUAACUGGCAGCGACCGUGGUGGUGAUCACUACGAGCCGAUGCUGUGUGAGCGGCUGCGCGGUGACGGGUCACCGGAGUUUGGCUCCAUUGGAGACUAA